CAUUCUCAGUGCCUUAAUAAGUUUGGACCAGAUGACUCUUUACUUCUAGCGCUAAUUAUUAUUUUUAAAUUUUAUUUUUAAUUUCUAAAUUAAAAGUAGUAUAAAAUUAGUGUUAAAUGAAAAAAUAGUAAAAUAAAAAACUAUUCAUAAAGUUAAUCAAGUGCAAUUAUCAAAGUUCUCUAGUGUCAUCGUUGUGUGUGUAAAAAGAAAUUCUAUAAUUUAUUUGAUUGCAAAACAAAAAAGAGGUGCUCUGAAAAACUAAUUUUUUAUAAUUAAAAACUGUAAUAUAAAAACGAUUAAAUUUUUUUUAAAGUCAAUUUUCUCUCAUUGUUUCUAAUAUAUAUAUAUAUAUAUAUAUACAUAUAUUUUUUAUUUACAUAAAUUUGUUAAUUAAUGUAAAAAAAAAGUGCAUCGAAUCAAUGAACAAUUUACAAGAUGGAUGCAAGAAAAUCGACUGUGAAUCCAAAUCCUAGGGAAAAAGCAUCAUGUUUAUCAAUUUUAUUAUGGUGGUGGACUGUACGUCUUUUCAAGACAGGAUAUACAAAAGUAUUAGGAACCGAAGAUUUAUUUGAUCCAUUAAAAACAGAUAAAUCAUCCCUUCUUGGGGACAGACUAGAAAAUCGAUGGAAAAUAGAAGUAGAAAAUGCGAGAAAACAUAAGAAGAAAGUAAGUUUAUUGAAAACAAUUUUUCGAACUUUUUUAUGGGAAUAUUCUCUUCUUGGUAUACUUCAGAUAUUUAAUGAAUUUAUCUUAAGAUUGGGAACACCAUUGCUUUUAGGUGGUUUUUUACAAUAUUUUAAACCAAAUACAGAUGUUCCUUACCAAACAGCACUUUAUUUUGCUGGAGGAAUUUGUCUUGCCUCAGCUAUAAAUGUUAUUACUUUAAAUCAAUCGAUAUAUGGUGCUUUUCAUAUUGGAGGCAGGAUACGAGUUGCUGUUUGCUCACUUGUUUAUAGAAAGGCAUUGAAACUUAGUAAGACUGCCCUGGGAGAAACGGCUCCAGGGAAAAUAGUGAAUUUAGUCGCAAACGAUGUCAACAGAUUUGAUCUCGUGUCAAUUUUUAUCCAUUAUAUGUGGUCAGCUCCUCUCUCAGCUUUAAUUAUUGCAUAUUUCCUAUAUUACCAAGCUGGAUAUGCUGGACUUAUUGGAAUUGCCGCUGUUUUUGUCGUCGUACCAAUACAAUCAUACACCGGAAAAUUGUCAUCAAUUUUUAGACUACAAACUGCAAUAAAAACAGACGAGAGAGUACGACUUAUGGACGAAAUAAUCUCGGGUGUUCAAGUGAUAAAAAUGUACGCUUGGGAAAAGCCAUUUUGUGCAUUGGUGGAAAUUGCUCGCAAAUUGGAAUUGAAGAUUGUCACAAAAAGCUCUUAUAUUCGUGGAAUUUACAUGACUUUCAAUAUUUUCACAACUAGAAUGGCUUUAUUUUCAACAUUACUGGCAAUGCUUUUAUAUAAAGAACAAUUAACAGCGGACAAAGUUUUUGUUUUCUCGUCAUAUUUUGCUGUUCUUGCACACACAAUGUCGGGUAUGUUCGUGCGAGGUUUUGCAGAAAUUGCAGAAUGCAUGGUAGCCGUUAGAAGAUUGCAAUAUUUUUUAAUGUACGAAGAAUUCAAAGAAGUGAAUCCCCAUUUACAUCAAUCUUAUAAUGCCAAUGGAACAAGUAAGAAGACUGAUAAGAGAAAUUCAAUAAAACCUGAUCUCCCAUUUAUUGACGAAGAUCUUGCCGACGAUUUAAAAAAAAGUCAAAAUGGAUUGUUGGUGCUUGCCAGUGAUCUUCUCAAAAACACUGCCAAUUGCGUUGAAGGCGUAAUGGAUGAACCCCCAGAGACAUGGGCAGUCAAGUUGGAUAAUGUGACAGCAAAAUGGGAACCCGGCCAAUCGGAGAACACUUUGGAAAAAAUUAAUUUAGAACUCGAAACCGGAAAAUUGUACAUGGUAAUUGGAAUGGUUGGAGCUGGCAAGAGUUCAUUGCUGUCUGCAAUUUUAAAAGAAAUCGCACUUACAGAGGGAAGUAUUAGAGUCAAGGGCGGUUUGAGUUAUGCAGGUCAGGAAUCCUGGGUUUUCGGAUCAUCCGUCAGACAGAAUAUUCUCUUCGGCCAAGCCUACGACAGACAAAGGUACCAGAGAGUCGUCAAAGCGUGCGCUCUCCUCAGAGACUUCAAACAGUUUCCUCAAGGAGACCAGACCGUUGUUGGCGACAGGGGAAGUUCCUUGUCGGGAGGGCAAAAGGCCAGAAUCAACUUGGCGAGGGCUGUCUACAGGCAGGCCGACAUUUACCUCUUCGACGAUCCUCUCAGUGCGGUGGACGCUCACGUGGGGAAGCAUUUAUUUGAAGAGUGUAUGAAACACUAUUUGUCCGGUAAGACUCGAAUUCUCGCAACGCAUCAGCUUCAGUAUAUUAAAGGAGUCGAUGCAAUUAUUCUUCUCGAUCAAGGAAAGAUGCAAUUUUAUAAAAAUUAUCAGCAGCUUCUGCAAAGUCAUCCUGAAUAUAUGCCUCUCAUUGCGGCGGAAAGUAAUCCUGAGAAUACUGAGGAUUCAUUUAUGGAAAGAAGUACAAUGCGAAGACAAUUUUCUACCUCGAGUAAUAGAAGUAAAACACCAGAAGCUGGUGGUGAUACUGAUAUUGAAGAAGAUGAACAAGAUCCCGAAAAUAUAGACGGACUGGUAGAAGGAACAUCAAGAGGAACUGUAAAGGGUUCAAUUUUCCUCAAUUAUUUCAGAGCUGGAGCUAAUUUAUUUUUCGGUUUUAUCGUCUUUAUUUUAUUCAUCGUAACUCAAUUUGCUGCCAGUUUAAAUGAUCUUUAUGUUCCUUUUCUUGUAACAGCAGAGGAAGCAAAAUUAUAUGAAGCUGCAAAUAUAACACGAAAUCAAACGGACGAGGGACUUUUUAAAGUUCAACCAUGGUCACAGGAAGUUUAUAUUUACGUAUAUAUUGGAAUAGUUACAUCAAUAUUUUUAAUUGGAAUUACAAGAUCUUUUGCAUUUUAUGCUUUAUGUAUGAGAGCGAGUCAAAGUUUACACGACAUGGUAUUUAGUGCGCUGAUUAGAACGGGAAUGCGAUUUUUCGAUACAAAUCCAAGUGGUCGAAUUCUUAAUAGAUUUUCAAAAGACAUGGGAGCAAUAGAUGAAUUAUUGCCAAAAGCUCUCUUGGAUGCUGGACAAAUAAUUAUGAUGAUGAUGGGAACAUUGAUUGUCACUUGUACAGUCAACUAUUACUAUAUUAUUCCAAUUGUUCUUCUUGGUGCUGUAUUUUAUUGGAUUCGAAAAGUUUAUCUCAAGACAAGCAAAAAUGUCAAGCGCCUGGAAGGAAUGACACGUUCACCGGUAUUUACACAUCUCAACGCAACCCUCAAUGGACUGACGACAAUCCGAGCAUUUGGAGCUCAAGAAAUUCUCAAACAUGAAUUCGACAAAUUCCAAGAUUUGCAUACCUCUUCGUGGUUUAUGUUCAUCGUGACAAGUUCUGCUUUUGGAUUUUCAUUGGAUAUUUUUACUUUUAUUUUUACAACUCUGGUGACGUUUAGUUUUCUCAUUACCAGUGAUUCAUCGGCAGAAAAUGGAGGAAAAGUGGGUUUGGCAAUUACACAAGUGAUGUCAAUGACGGGAAUGAUUCAAUGGGGAAUGCGACAAAGUGCAGAAGUGGCAAAUCAAUUAAUGUCUGUCGAAAGAGUUUUAGAAUAUGCUGAACUUCCACCAGAACCUAAUUUACGUGACAAAGGAGUAAUGUCAAAGAAAAAACGAAAACAAAGUAUGAUUGAGUCUUUUGUCACGCCACCGAGAAAUUGGCCCACUAAAGGUUAUAUUAGAUUCCGAAAUAUGUACUUGAGAUAUUCGGAAUACGAUCCUCCUGUUUUGAAAGGACUCAAUAUUGUCAUUUAUCCAACUGAAAAGGUUGGAAUAGUUGGGAGAACAGGUGCUGGAAAAUCAUCCUUAAUCGCAGCUCUCUUUCGUCUCGCCAAAAUCGAUGGAGUCAUUGAAAUCGACAAUAUAGACACGGGAACCGUCUGUCUGGAAGAUCUUCGACGUCUAAUUUCCAUCAUUCCACAGGAUCCUGUUCUAUUCUCUGGAACAAUCAGAAGAAAUUUGGAUCCCUUUAACGAAUUUCCCGACAGACUACUGUGGGAGGUUCUCGAAGAGGUGGAACUAAAAGAAGCGAUUGCAGCCGUCAAUGGAUUGGACAGUCGAGUGUCCGACAGAGGAAGUAAUUUCAGUGUUGGACAACGCCAGUUGAUUUGCCUCGCGAGAGCAAUUUUGAGGAACAAUCGGAUUCUAAUGUUGGACGAAGCCACAGCAAAUGUGGAUCCAAAAACGGAUGCUCUGAUUCAAAGAACCAUAAGAAGUAAAUUCGCUGCUUGCACUGUACUCACUGUUGCUCAUCGAUUGAAUACAAUUAUGGACAGUGACAAAGUUUUAGUCAUGGACAGAGGACGAAUGGCGGAAUUCGAUCAUCCGCACAUUCUUCUUCAAAACCAAUAUGGACAAUUUACUUCUUUAGUUAGAGAAACAGGACGAGGAAUGUUUGAUCAAUUGUCAAAGGUUGCUGAACGUGCGUACUUAACAAAACAUGAGGACAAUUCAUCAGAUUCUAAUUAGUACUGCCGUCCAAUAUAUUAAUUGACGCUUAAGAUAUUUAACAUGUGCGGCAAUAUUUUGUUAAAAGUUUAUACAAUCGAAAAAAUUCCGUUUUUCAUGGAAAUUUUUUUUUUUUUUUACAUAAUUGCUAAAUAAAUGCUAAUUACGAUAAUUUGUUUCACACGCUAAAUAAUCUUAUACGUCAAAGUUAAUAAUUUUUCAACAAAUAUGUGAUAAAAAAAAAGUAAUUUCUUCCAAAUUUGGAAGUAAUUUUUUUAUUUCGAAGACCAUUAAAGAUGCCAAUAUACUUCAUAGAUAAAUUUUAUACACAAUAAUUUCUUUUAGCACUCCUAAAGUUUUAAAUGAAAAUAUAGAUACAAAUUGUAAAUAGAUAAUUAUAGAACUAUUCAAGACUAUUAAAAUUUAAGUAGAUUAUUUAAUAUGUUUAAAUUUUUAAUUUAGUCAAGAUUUUAAUUAAAGCGGUUUGUCAAUUUUAUAUAUCCUAUAUUGUGGUAAUUUUUUUUCUUUUUUUUUACACGUUAUAGCCAAAGAAUAAUAUCAGGGCUAUAAUAAAAGUCACAGGCGUGUGUUCAAACAUCUAUUAAUAUAUAUAAUAUAAACAUUAGAACGCCCCUGAAUCUCAUAUUUUUCCAUUAAUUUGUAAAAAUAAUGUAAAAUAGAAAAUUAUAAAGAACAUUUAAAACGAGAUAGUGAAGGCUCGUGAAAUUUCUUCAUUUUUAUUCUCAAGUUUUUUAUAAUCUUAUUUCUUGGAGAAUAAAUACCAAAUAUAAACUUAAUUUGCAAAAGUAGGAUAACAAAAAGUUUACUUAAAAAAUAAUUUUACAAAACUUAAUGUGUUGAUUUUUGUGUUAAUUGAUGAUUUUUACAAUUUGUUUUAUGAUUUUAAAUAUUGCAUUUCAUUUAUUAUUUUUUUUUUUUCUUAAAGAUAUUUUAAUCUUAUUUAUGUUUAAAAAUUUGUACAUAAAUAAAUUAAGACAAAUUAUUAAUUUUAAAAAAUAUAUACCGAAUGUUUAUAUAUUAAAAAAAACCAAAAAUAUACUGAGAGAAUGUUACGAAUUGUUGUUUUUUUUCAGUAAAUUUAUUUUCAUUAAUAAUAAAUUUGUUAUACUUUUAUUAUAUUUGUAAUAUGCGAUGAAGUGUUAAAUUCGAAUAGUAUUAUUUAAGUGUUAUGAAUGUUAUAAUAAUUGACAAAUUUUUAACUCAGAAAGUGAAAAUGACCAAAAAAAAAAUUUUUUUUUAAAAGUAUCUGUUCAUUCAGAGAUAAAUAUUUACAAAAAAAAAACACUGAAUUUAUAUCAGUACGUGUGGAGCGAAAUUGUAUUAAAUGAUAAUCUUUAUAAUAAAGAAAUUAUUUAGUUUAAAAA